GCUUUGCUGGAGCCUUUACCCUGGAAAGAAAUGGUGGCCACCAUGAAUCACACUCCGUCAGAAGUGACCACACCUCUUAAAGCUGUCAGCCAAAAAAAUGAUUCGAGCGAUCCGGCUUCGGAGCAGAGAUCACCUCUCUGCAAUGGAGGCUCAGGAAGAAAUGAGCAGAAUGUUGGCAGAUGUCGAUUGAAACUCCGCAAGAAGGACAUUAUUAUAGCAGUACUAGUGCUCUGGUUCGUAUCGUCAGUGAUUUACAUUAUUUUCUCCCAUGAACAAAAGAAGCAGCUGGAAGCAGAAAUAAAGCACCUGAAAGCUAUGUCAACCCUCAAACCAUCCCCGACCACUUCGUGCUCCCAAGGCUGGACUCCAAAUGCAGAAUGGUGCUACCGUUUCUCUGAUGCUGAAAGCACCUGGGAUUCAUCCCACAUGAACUGCUCUUCGUAUGGCGCCUCCCUGUUCGUGAUGGCCACUCCUGAGGAAAGGACUUUCAUAAAUGAGAAUAAAGCACCUGCUGAAUAUUGGCUUGGGCUCCGAAGAGAGGCUGUCAUAGGAGAGCCCUGGAAACAGCCCGAUGGUUCAGAUUUUAAUGUCUGGUUUGAAAUCAAAGGGGAAGGCCUCUGUGCCUCCCUGAAUGAUGGCGUGGUGAGCUCCACAGACUGCGACAGCUAUCGGCGCUGGAUAUGUCGCAAACCUAUCCGUGCUGCUUAAGAGAAACCGGAAAAAUUUGCCUACAAGGAAAAUGUCUGAUGCCUCCAGCAGAUCUCAAUUUCUCAGUUCCCCUUUCUGAUCUUGAGCUAAGGAUAGUGAUGCAGUCUUUUCCUGUCUGUUCAAAACAGUGGUAAUCGAGGUAGGGUUGUCACCCCCCCCCCCCGGUU